AUGAAAGCCUCUAACAAAAUGUGGAAACAAAUCGCCCAGGAAGCGCAAGCGCUCCGCGACGAAACACUUGCAAAAGUUGGUGUAACUAUCGAAAUCCCAGCUCAGCUUUCAAGAAACGUUACCGAUAUCCCUGAUAGGGUUUUAUCUGCCAGCAGUGCUAGAAUAACAUCUUUAGCGCCUCAAGAGAUUAUAACCUUGGCAUCUGAACGCAAAAUCUCCGCUCAGCAGAUAGUUCAGGCCUUUCUGGAGAGGGCCAUCGCUGCUCAAAAUCUUACAAACUGCCUUACCGAAAUUCUCCCUGAGCGAGCCAUCUCUCAGGCCAUAGAGCUCGAUGCUCGCCUCUUAGGCAAUUCCGCUCCGCUUGGGCCGCUUCACGGGUUGCCAGUGAGCAUCAAGUCUCACAUCGGUAUUGCUAAUCGACCUCUUUCCUCUGGCUACUGCGCUCCAUUCCAUUCACGUCAACGCCCUGAUACUGAUGCGCUGGUGGUCCAAAUUCUUACACGGGCCGGAGCUAUUGUCCAUGCUCGAACAACAGAGCCGCAGAGCAUGAUGCAGCUCGAGUGCACGUCGAAUCUUUAUGGAGUCACCACGAACCCUUAUUCGAACAUCCUCAUGUCUUCAGGUGGCUCUUCAGGAGGAGAAGCUGCGCUGAUUGCAUUGCGAGGCUCUGUGUUAGGCGUCGGCAGUGAUGUAGGCGGAUCAAUCCGCGUUCCAGCUGCUGCUUGUGGGAUUUACGGACUGAAGCCAACCGCAUUUCGAGUACCAACUACUGGCUGGAGUAGCACUCCGCCAGGAGCUGACCCAAUAGUCACUGUUUUGGGCCCGAUGAGCGUCAGCUUGGAAGGCCUAGAGAUGUUUAUGAGAGUCGUGGCGGCUGCAGAGCCGUGGCGCAUUGAACCAGCAUUAAUACCGCUACCUUGGAGGGCGGUCGAUAUUGUUCUGAGCAGAGAAAAGCCCCUACGUCUAGGUAUUAUAUGGCACGAUGAGGUCGUUAAGCCACACCCGCCGAUAAUGAGGGCGCUGAAAGAGUUUGUAAACAAAGUGAGCAACGUGCCACAUGUGGAAGUCGUUGACUUUCCGCCAUAUAAGCAUGAUGAGGCGUGGGCCAUUGCGUCGAGCCUUUAUUUCACUGAUGGAGGUGAAGCUGAUUUAGCUGUCAUGGCUGAAUCUGGUGAGCCGUUGCUACCGUUGACCGAGUGGAUCAUCAAAGACAAUCCAGGUGUAAAAUUAUUGGAUCGAGGUGAGCUAGAGUACUGGCUGGAAGAACGAGAAGAAUUCCGGAUGGAAUACUCGCAGCACUGGAACGAAACUGGAGUCUUCAAUAGAGCUUCGGGAAAUUGGGAGGGUACUGUGGAUGCCAUCAUCUGUCCCGUGGCGCCUGGAGUAGCCACGCAGCAUAACACAGCCAAAUACUGGACAUACACUGCGGUGUGGAACUUGCUCGACUAUCCAGCGCUGGCUUUUCCCGUCGGUAAAGUUGACAAAGCAGUAGAUGUUAAGGAGAAUAGAAAGCGCUUCAUGAGCGACUUGGACAAGGAAAAUUGGAAAUUAUGCGGCAGAACAGAUUUUCCUACUCCAAGGUAUGUACUGCUUAAUACAAUUUCAACUGACUUCCAAAGCUGUUAG